AUGGCUGUGUAUCAUUUGGUCGUCCUCGUGUCUCUCUUUAUGGUUCCUAGAUCGGAAUCGGCCGCAUAUGCUUUCAACCGCACCGAUUUACAUGUGGCGGUCAAUGACAUGAGAUCGAGAUCCUUCUUUGGUUUUGCCAUCCUACUUCAAAUGCUGAACGGCACAUCAGAGCCGAACCGGGACUUGACUUUCCUGAUACCCACGGAUCCUGAAUUGUCAGCGUCAUCGAUCUCAGUCAACCGUCUUGAAGAGUUUCUUCUCAGCCAUUCCAUCAGAGUGCCUCUGUCCUUCGGUGACCUGUCUCAUUUUCCUACAGGAACACUUAUCCCGUCGGGGUAUAGGGACCGGCUGGUCAGGAUCCACAACCAUGGGAGACUGAGCUUCUUUGUCAAUAAUGCUCGGGUUACCAGGCCAAACGUGUGCUCCAACUCUAUGAUCAAGUGUCACGGGAUCGACGCAGUGAUCGAGUUCGACCAGCAUUUUCCGAGAAAUGGAAAGCUUAAGGACAGUCCACCAAAUUCAAGUGCACCUCCACCGAUGGAAGCCCCGAGUCCUGUUUGA